AUGCCCACCGCCGCAGUCGCUGCUACUCGUCUUCGCUCACCACAGAAACAAACCUCUGGCAAUAGCAGCGACUACCUUUCCCUUGACGCGCCAACGAGUUGGAGCUGGGAUGCUUGGGAUGCUGGAGAGGACGCGAAAGGGGCGAAGAGGGAAAGGGAAGAGGUGAAUUUUAUCGACGACGACGACGCCAACGAUGACGACGACGAGGAUCUCGCGUGGCGGCUGCAGCUAGAGGCCCUGCAGGACAUGGGUGGGGCUUGGGACGAUGGCAGCGAUGCGGAAUUCGCGUUAAUGCGGCAAGUUGCGGAGAUUGAGGAGGCGGGGAUGAAGGGGAGUAGGAAGAACGUGGGAGGGGAGGAUGGGGUGGAUGAUGAGGAGUUGGCGCUGUUGCUGGCGUUGGAGGAGGCGGGAGGGUGGUGGUCGGCGGAGUCGAAUGGAGAAGGGAUGGGAAUGGAGAGAAGCGUUAAGGGGGCAGCGGCGGAACUGGGAAAGGAUGUUGUCGCGUCACCUAAGGUAUUGUUGCAAUCGCCAUCGUCAUCACCACCGUCAGCAGAGCAGUCGAAAACACCGCGGCAUCAUCCCUCACAGAAAAGUAUGGUAGAUCCUGGACGCGGAUGUGGAAGCAGCAGCGGCAACAGUAGUAGUCAUCUUGCAACGUCGUCGACCAGGGUUGGUGGAUUGGCGGCGACUACCGACAUCUGCGUCGUCUGCAACGAUCCUUCUCCUCAGGACGCCACCCAUCUUGGCCUUGCCGUCCUGCCAUGCAACCACGCUUACUGCGCGACUUGCCUCAACGACCUCUUCCGCGCCACUAUCAAUGACCCGACGCUCUUCCCUCCACGAUGUUGCGGCCUGCGUGUCCCUCUUGAUAGUGAUGGUGAUGUUGAUGAUGAAGAGGGGGAAAAUGAUGGAGGCAGAACACAGCAACCUACCACAGCGAGCAAGGGUAGAGCAGGCGCGUGUUAUAGACGCUGGUUGGAUGCCGAGACAGUAAUGGCGUUUGAGCGGCGAAUGGCCAGCGUCAAGGGGCCAGUGGCGAUGACGGCUGGCACCACUGAGGUUGAUGAAGAGUUCUUGCGCAUGGCAGAGGCGUGCGGAUGGGCGAGGUGUUGCGGGUGCGGGCGGUUCGUGGAGUUGGAGUACGGGUGCAAUCAUAUGCGGUGCUGCUGCGGCGCACAUUUCUGCUAUGCCUGCGGCAAGCCGUGGAAGACAUGCGACUGUGCGCAGUGGGAUGAAGAAAGGUUGCUCAAGAGGGCGACGGAUCUCGUUGCUCCACCUCCUCCUGCUGUCGGAACAGCUGGGAGAGAGGCGGCGGUAGUAGUAGCACCGGCCGACGAAGACGUCGUCGAAGACGUCGUCGACGACUCCAACCGUCGGCAGCAGCGCCAACGACCGCCGCAGGAUACCGAGCCCCCUGAACACCACCACAUAAGUCGACAUAAUACAGCUUCACCAACACGUUCUCUCGUUCAACGGCAGCAGCGGCAACAGCAGCAACAACGGCAACGGCAACGGCAACAGCGCACUCAUCCCGGACAACCACCAUCAGCACCGCGAGCUGCAGGAUCGCGGCCCCCUCCCACUCACCCUCAUCAUCCUCCUCCAGCUCCACCACCCCCACCACAUCACCACAAUGACGAUACCAACGAGGGCAAUAACAACACCACCACCCACGAUACCAUUCCCCCCGAUGACCCACCCCCGCCCUAUCCCGGCCCACCACUACCACCACUCUCGCUAGACCGCUACUACCCCUAUCCCUACCCUUACUACCACAACAACAUCCCUUCAUACCACCACAUCGACGCCGAUCCUGCACGCCCGCGGCCCCUCACCCGCGCCGAAUACGCGCGCCUGCGCGCCGCCGUGCGCACAGUGGUCGACGCGCUGAACGCAGUGCUGGCCGGGAUGGACGGCGAUGUGGAUGGCGACGGUGGUGGUAACGGUGGCGGUGGCAGUGGCGGUAGCGCGGCCAUGGUGCCGAUGCCGCUGCUGCGGUGA